CCGUCGCUUUAUUUGGUCAAUAGGAUUGUCUGGAAUCGCCUCCCCGGUCCGUGAAUGCCUAUGGUCCUCUGCGUUUACUGUCGUUGCAUGGAUCGUCUCUCCGACUCUACCGUGGCCGAAGAAUGACCAACGUCCCUCACUCCCCCUCAGGCUCCGGCAGAGCACCCAACACAGCUUCUUUCUCUUCGGGACCCAACAUAAUAUCCUACCCUCGAAGAUCGUCGUACGCCUCUGUCGUCUCGGGAGCCGCAUCCACACACCCUCCGGCUUGGUCUGGCGCCCCCGCGAGUCUGGGAACAGCCACCCCGAGCAGUUCAUACCCCCCUCAGUACAACCGGCUACACAGGCAGGCGGGUUACAGUUUCGAUGAAGAAAUGCAGAUGAACGGUGGAGCAAGUUCUGGGAACAAUAGCUGGCGGAGGGCCGCCGGCCUGCCGGACCACUCGCGGCAGUUUGCAAAGGCCCUGGCAUACGGGAGCGGAGGAGCAGUAGGAGGAGGAGGAGUAGUAGGGGGAGCAGGAGCAGGAGGGCCGAUCUUCAUGCAGCAGACAAAUCAGUUCUUCACGCCGUCGUAUCUGAAGAGCUCGAAGUAUAUCGCUCAGUUGGCGGCGGCUAAUAAGUCUAAAGCAACGGGGCACAAGGAGUCCUCUUCCGCACAGUCGUCGAAUGCACCCUCCCUCUCUACGAGCUCGAGCAAUGCCAAUCUACACCGGAUGGCGCCGUCUCAUCGGGGAAUGACGUAUGAUAUCAUUGAACAUAACGCUUCGAGCGACGAGGAUACAUUGUCGCCUUUACCUUCGAGGUGGAACGAGUUGGACAAAUAUAGCGGUUUGGAUUUAAUGGGUGAUGGGCUGGAGGUCCGAUACAUGGGCCAAGCGAACAAACAAGAGCUUGAAGCGGCUGCCGUUCGGGCCAAUCAUCCUAUGCCGCCCCAGUGUGGGAUUUACUACUACGAGGUUACUAUAAUAGCGAAAUCAGCAGAUGGGAUGAUCGGUAUGGGGUUCUCGAACAAUAAGGCAUCUCUGGAGAGACUUCCAGGUUGGGAGCAGGAAUCGUGGGCUUAUCAUGGAGACGAUGGAAAGACCUUUUUUGGCGACAAUCAAGGACAAGGAAAGCCGUAUGGGCCUACCUUUGGAGUGGAAGACACCAUCGGCUGCGGUGUUAAUUUUGCAACGGGGACCGCGUUUUUCACAAAAAAUGGAAUGUUCCUUGGCAAUGCAUUCCGUGACUUGAAGCUCGGCAAAGUGUUUCCGUCCAUUGGGAUGAAGAAGUAUCCUGGAUGCCAUGUCAAAACGAAUUUUGGGCAAUUCCCUUUUGUGUUUGAUAUUGAUGGAAUGAUGGCUCAAGAGAGACGCAACAUCCAAAUGGAUAUACGGUCUACGAAUGUUUCACACCUACAUCCACCGUUAACCGAGUCAGUGCUGCUUCAAGAACUUGUCGCACAGUUUUUGGCCCAUGACGGCUAUGUGGAAACUGCUCGGGCAUUUGCCGAAGAGGUCAGAGAGGAAACGAAAGCAUUGCAAAACGGCCGCGUUACGCCAUUGAAAGAUUAUACCAUUGAAGACGAUGCCGAUGCGGUUAACAGACAACAGAUACGCACGGCUAUACUUGACGGAGACAUCGACAAGGCAUUGGAGUUGACAAAAACUUACUAUGACACCGUAUUAGAAAACAAUCCUCAGAUAUAUUUCCGGUUAAGAUGCAGAAAAUUCCUGGAGAUAGUGCGUAGUUAUUCCGAACCGGAGACCUCGCAGCCGGGCAAGCGAGUCAAAUCGACCAAUGAGCCGGCAGGCGACAAUUCCGGAGAUAUUUUCACACACGAUAUGGAACUGGACCAUCAGAUGCAAGACGUUCAGGACCCCGAGGAAAUGGACACCGAGCCGGCGGCGAAAGAUUUGUACCGUGCGAAAGAAGCACUUGAGUACGGGCAGCAGUUAAAAGCAGAUUACAUGAACGAUGACAAGAAGCAAUAUGAGAAGACGCUGAAUGAUAUAUUUUCCUUGGUUGCAUAUUCGGACCCGAAGACGUCGCCUCAUGGACACCUACUAGACUCCAGUGGGCGGGUUGUGGUCGCAGAGGAGCUUAAUUCUGCGAUUCUAGUGUCCCUGGGCAAAUCCUCUUCCGCGGCCCUGGAGCGGCUCUAUCAGCAGACCGAGGCGCUCAUCAACGAAAUAAGCGAGGACGGCGGCGUAGGAGCGUUUAUCAAUGUUCGAAAUGACUAUUUAACAGGAUAAAUUUGGGACCACUCAAAGGGUAACUAGUAUGCAAAGUAUUUGGAAUGGGAGGCGGGGAGGAAAGGGGUUUGGGAGUCAACCAGGCAUAUUUAUUUUUCCUAUUUUUCCUUAAAUAACAGCAUGGCUUUAUUUUCUUUUCUUUUCUUCUCUUUUAAUUAUGGCUGUUGUUACCGUUUUCCUUUUUCAUGGUAUCGAUCAAGUUGUAUCUGAUCCUCCUCCCCUUCAUGGUUUUGCGGCCUUUCUUUCUUUCUUUCUUUUUUUUUUUUUGUCCCCCUUUCUUUUUUAACCUGAUGUGAACCCUGCGGCCGGGGAGAAUGAGGAGGAGGAUAGUGGUUUAUCAAGGUUAUUCGAGGCAGAGCAUAUAACUAGACUGCAUACCUUACUCCCUA